AUGGACGCCAUCCUUGGAUCCAUCUAUGCCUUUCCCGCACCGCACCGAACACGCACUCGGCCACUCCAGGUCAUAUGCGUAGGCCCAUCUCGCUCCGGCACCGACUCUCUGCGUCAAGUACUUCUCCAACUCAGUUAUCCAAACGUCUUCCAUGGCUAUGAAACCAUUUUUGAUGAGAACCGGUACCAAAAACCACUGCUCUCUCGCAUCCUUAAGAAAAAGUACAACGGCGGGUCCAAGGAUGGUAACAUUGUCUUCACAACUGAGGAAUUCGACCAAUUAUUUGCAGAUUACAACGCUGUAACUGAUAUGCUAGUUGCAAUGAUGGCAGUAGAGCUUGUAUCCCGCUUACCCAAACGCAAAAGUCAUUCUGGAUCGACGAAAAGACGUAGAUGUAUGGUGGGCUAGCACGGCGGCGACCUUCAUGGUGCAGCAGGAUAGUUAGAUAAAUUGGUUUCUGAGUUGGUUCUCGCCAGAUUUGUAUUGGACAAGGAAAUUAGUUCUUCGGGAGGGAUUUCGUUUGUUUUACCAGGGAGAUUUUAAGCCAAAUGGGAAGUGGAGGUAUCGAGAGCAUUGUGCGAUGGUUGGAGACCUUUGUGCGAGUUCUUGGGAAAGGAGGUUCCUGAUACGGAUUUCCCAAGAGGUAAUACUGGGAAAGAUUUCGCAUACAAGAUUUGCAACCGCGCAUGCACACCACCGGAGACAAGCGUAUCAAGAUAUGGCGUUGGUCUGUGUAGUCCUUAUUGCCAUCGGUUCGGUGGUCGUAUUUACGCCUAACCAGGU